UAGGGGGGUCGACUAUAUUUAAAACGUGCCUAAGCAAUGCUUUGAACAAUUUACUUGUUUUAGCGACCUUCAACUGAAUUACACAAUCGAAUCGUACCUGAACACUGAAAAAAUUAAUAAACAUUGCAGCUUUCAUUUGUUAGAAUUCUAAAUUUGAAUACACUUCCUGUUAUUGCUAAAUUCAAAUAAAAUAUUUUUCCCGGUGUAUUCGCACGCCUGCACACGGUCAGUACGCGUACAGUACUUUUCCACGUGUUUAACGUUACGUCACACACAAUUUUUAUCUAGUUGUUUAACAUCUGUUUUAUCAUGUUUAGUCUGAACCGAAGUUCGGCACUCGCUCUCGUCACGGUAUUUCGUUAUUAAGUAACGAAAUUCAUUGCAAGACUAAUUUCUCGUGUUCGUAAAUGUAUAUCUUCGUAACUAUUAACCCAUAAGUACCUAACUAAGUGUGCCAGAUAAUAAGAGAUCGGUCGUCAAUAUAUGAUUAUCGGCGAGACCAAGAACAGUACGUAAACAGUAGUGUUAGGAAGAUGUGUCCUUUCUUCUGUCUUACUUUAAUCGCGGUGGCCGUCGUCGGAUUUCUGAUUUGGUUCGUGAAGAAAGCCGAUGCCGAUUUGACUUUACUUUUCUACGAAAAAUACGGAAAAUCUGUCGAUUCGUUGAAAGGCAAAGUGGUCUGGAUCACCGGUGCUUCCAGCGGAAUAGGACAGUCUGUGGCCAACAGUUUGGCUUCUGGCGGAGUGAAGUUGGCAUUGUCUGGAACCAGCGAAGAAAGGCUACAAGAAACAAAAAAUCAAUGUUUAGCUUCUGGCAAACUGACAGAAGAAGAUAUUCUUUUAGUACCUUUCAAUAUAAGUGAUUUUUCCAUUCACGAAGACUGUGUAAAGAAAGUUCUCGAUCAUUUUGGAACCAUCGACAUUCUCAUUAAUAAUGCCGGUCGUACGCAGAGAGCAUCGUUUGAAGAAAUUGAAAUUCAGGUAGAUCGAGACAUGUUUGACAUUAACGUUUUCGGUACGGUAAACUUAACGAGAAAAGUCCUACCUCAUUUUCUUGCUAAAGGUCGCGGACACUUGGUCGUGACGAGCAGCGUUACGGGAAAAUUAGGUGUUCCUUGGUCUGCUUCCUACACUGCUUCAAAGCAUGCUUUACACGGUUACUUUGAAUGUUUACGAGCUGAAUCGAGUAGCAGCGGUAUUGACGUCACCAUGAUCUGUCCCGGACCCACAUUUGCACAGACACUUUUGUCAAAAGCUUUCACUGGAAAAAGUGGAGAAACGUUUGGAGGACAACAGGAAUCAAACGAGAAACGCAUGCCCACCUCGCGAUGUGCCCAUUUGAUUUCUGUGGCAAUUGCCAACAGAGUCGAUGAGGCCUGGAUAUCUUUGCAGCCAAUCCUGUUUGUCUUUUAUCUAGCACAAUAUACUCCCACAUUUUUUAGAAGUUUCCUUGUGAAGAAAUUUGUGACCAAAGAAAGAGCAGCUGCAUGGAGAGAAGGACAAUCUUAAUUUGAGUGAAACAGCAUCAGUUUUCUAAUUAUUAAGUUUAGAAUAUUAUAGGGUUAAAGGUGGAUUUGCAAUGUGUUAAUUACUCUGUUUUUUCUACAAGAUUAUGGUCUUUGAUUCACUCAUUUUUUAUGAAAAUAAUUUUAAUUUCAUAUCUAUCAACUGUCAAAAAUAACAAUUAUAAUCAAUGAUUGUGGGUACCAUGCAUGGUUUGAUUUUAUAAAUUAAUUCGUCUUUUGCAAGUAAUCAACAGUUACCCAUAAACUUUAAACAAAUUCUAUGCAUGAUUUAACACAUGCUAAAAUGUUUGUAUGAAAAUGUUUUAUAAAAUAAUGUAUAAAACACUACAAUAAAUUUAUAUAAUUAAUA